AUGAACUAUGCGGCUGAAUACCACUAUACACCGUUCAAAUCAGAAUGCCAACCGAAAUUAAAUGAUAAGAAAGAUGGAGUAAAAUUAAUAAAUGAUUUGAUUAAAUACAUUAAAGUAGAUUUUACAACUCAAAAUCCAAUGUUUUCAAAACCAUUGUUGGUAGAUUUAUGGUGGAUUGAUCCUCAAGGAAAUGUCCAAAUGGUAAUUAAAACAACAGAAUUAUACGUUUAUUUAUGCAAACAAGAGAGAUACCCUAAAACAUUAAAUAAUACUACAAUCAUUCCCCAUCUACCAGCCCAUCUUCCACCACAACACAUCGCUUUAAUAAAAUAUGUCAAAAAUUUGGUUACUAAUGAUGAUGUAAAAGAUGAAUUGAACUCUCGUUUCGAAAGUGUAUUUGCAAUCGACUCUAUGUCAGGAGCAACGAAUCAACGCAGUCGACAUGUGAAAAUUGAAUUCCUUCAAAAGAAUGAAAUAGAUAGUUUAUUAAAUUCAGGUAAGAUUAAUUUACAAGGACAACUCUACGACGUGGACGAAUAUCUUCCUUCUCCAAAAAUACUUAUCUGUGGAAGAUGUAAUAAACCUGGACAUGUGAAGAAAAACUGUCAAAAUUCUACCUUUGACAUUUGUCGAAGAUGCGGUGGCGACCGAUCUAAUAUACAACAACAUAAAGAAUGUGCAAUUUGCUGCCACAAUUGUGGAGGUCAACAUGUAUCGACCGACUUUAGAUGUCCUCUAAUCGCUGAUUAUCGAAAUGAAUUGAUUGAAGUCUUAAGACGUCCUCCAGAAAGACUGCCGGCAGACGUGCAACUCUUCAUACCUACAGCUUAUCGUGAGGAAGGCAGUCGAUCAAAAUCAAUAUAUAAUAAAGAAGCUCGUCUUCAACUUCUGCAGCAGCAAAGAAUCCCACAACAAAUUUAA